AUGUGCUGGGUUCGCGUGCUUGCGCUUCAGUUCCUGCCAGCCUGUGCUUAUCCACAGUUCUGGGUCUUUCAAACGCCAAAGUAUAUGAGAAGUCUCCGGGCUGGCGGCCCCUUUGGAGCAAUGAAUAUUGACCGCUUCCAGCCAAAGUCGCUGGGAAACAAUUGCAGACUUUCAGCGGACAUCCCACCUACCGGAUUCGACACCAAUGCGCCUUACGCGAUUUCAGUGGAGACCCUCGAGUCCAAAGGAGUCGGCCAUGUGGUGAUUGCAAGUGCGGGCGCGUUCCAGCAAGAUCCAUGGAGGCCUUCCGCCGCCAGCACCAAGUACUCAGAAAGACAUGUAUUGAAAAGCUGGCAGUGGAUGAGUCCGAAUGAGUCGAACAGCAGCUCCUUUUUUGCCGUGUGUGCCACGGGAUAUGGUGGCCGUGCCUACGUGGCGGACGCCCUGACGGUGUUUAAGAGUGGUUUGUCGCAGCAGGUAUGUAACCCCAACAAUGCGACGGCUGUGACAGCAGAUUGUCAUUGUUUCGGUUCAGGCACUGGCCCAUCUGAGCCGACCGCUGUCGACAUUUGCACCUCCGGGACAUGUUGCUGGGAAGACUUUCGCUGUCGAGAGUGCUCGAGACUUGUCCCGGGCAGUUGGUUGCCAACGCUUACCGUGCUGCACUGCCUCUUGACGUCCUUGGGGACGGCUCUUCAACUGCUAGUGCAAGUUGCUGAGUCGGCUCACCAGCGGAGGCGCUUGAUUCUGGCGAGCGGUUUCGCGCAGUGCUUGGGUUCAUGUUUUAUCCUGGGACCACUUGCAGGAGGCAGCACUGGACUUGCAGUUGCAUGGCAUGUGAUUUUGGGUUCUUUGGCACUGGGUUGUUGCAUAUUCCUUAUGAUGUGGAGCUGGCUUCGCGACGAUACGCAAAGUGCUUUCGUGGCUCUGCAGUCGGGUGCAAGUUUGACACUGGGUUGGAUUGCUGCAGGCAUCGGGUGUGUUACUGACCGGAUCACAAGGCCUUGGAGUGUGGGCUUGGUGCUGGGAAUCUUUGGACUCAGCCUGCUGUAUGUUGCAGCGGCUUGGAAUCGCAAGCGCGCCCAGCCUGGGGUUGAACAUGGGCAGCGAAUUGAAAUCCCGCGAUCAGACUCACAGAGUUCUCGGCUGUCUCGUCUGCCUUCAGAAGAACGGGUCGGCAGCAUCCAUUCGUCCGCCAUGCCUCUACACCCCCAAGGCAAGUAA